GCUCCGCCCCCCGCCGCGACAACAGCGCCUGCCGCGGGAUCACGCAGCGCCCAUCCCACCGCAAAGAUGGCGGCGCUCACAACUGCCUCACUCCAGCAGCUUCCCCGCCCUCCUGUCGCUCCACCCCCCACCCCCGCAGCCCCACUCUACGGACGGAUCUCUAUCCUGUCUCCGCUCCUUCUCCUCUAUCCCCCUCCCUUCUGCCUUGGUCUCUCAGCAGCUGCUUCUUCCUCCAGUAGUGUUGGAGCGCGCUCGCUCCGCCCCGGGGGUGGGGGAGCGCGGAGGGUUCCGCCCGACGUGAGGUGUCGGCCUCCGGGCGGAAGGAGUGGAGAAGGCCCGGGCCUGAGGUGGGCUGAGCGGCGGGGCAGGCCCGGCUUGGUUUGGCGUCUGUGAGGAGCGAGGACUGAGCGCCCGGCUGCCUGAGGCGCUACUAUCGGACUCCCACUUCGCGACCCGCUGUCGGCGGCACCAUGUCAGUUUCCUCGAGAAGCUACAACCCCUUCGCCGAGGAGGAGGAUGAGGAGGCGGUGGCAGCGUGGCCGGCGAAGGGCAGCGGGGAGGUGAGCGGUGCCGAGCGGCAGAGGUACCUGCAGCAGGAGGUGCUGCGUCGCUCCGCCGCCACCGUCGACAGCACCACCCGCUCCCUCUCGCUCCUCUACGAGUCCGAGCGGAUCGGCGUGGCCACCUCCGAGGAGCUUGUACGUCAAGGAGAGGCACUGAAGCGCACAGAACAGAUGGUAGAUAAAAUGGACCAAGACCUGAAGACUAGUCAAAGGCACAUAAAUAGCAUAAAGAGUGUUUGGGGGGGCUUGGUAAACUACUUCAAAGCCAAACCUCCAGAGAACAAGCCAGAGCAGAAUGGAACCCCUGAAUAUUUUGCUAGCAGUAGGUUAAAAGAAGCAAUGGUGUCUAGUAAAGAACAAGAGUCAAAAUACCAGGAAAGUCAUCCAAAUUUAAGGAAGCUAGAUAAUUCAGACAAUGAUUUCAGCAAAGCAGAUUUAGUUUCUUCAGUACAAAAAGAUUCUUAUCCAAAGAACCAACACCUGCGAGCUUACCACCAGAAAAUUGAUAACAACUUGGAUGAGAUGUCUUCUGGGUUAAGUCGCCUGAAAAACCUAGCUCUUGGUCUGCAGACAGAAAUAGAGGAGCAAGAUGAUAUGCUGGAUCGGCUAACAAAAAAAGUAGAGACACUAGAUGUCAAUAUUAAAAGCACUGAUAAAAAAAUCCGUCAACUUUAAAGGAUUUUUAGAAGUUUUUUUGUCCACCAGUUCUUGGAUGUCUUAUCUCAACUGAUCUCUUAAAAAAGCUUAGACAGCGUCUGUCUCUGGCUUUUUUCUGAUAUGUUAUUUUGUUCUCAUUAAAAUUGCAUAAUCUUAAGUGCAACAUAAUACCUUAAAUUUCUUCUUAAUGUACAUGGGAAAAGUGCAUGCUGAGUAAAACCACUCAGCACUUGGUAAAUGCUUUUGUACUGGAUACCAUACUUAACUGUAUAACUGUGUCAUGUGCGUGGAGGAAUUUGCAAUCUACAAAGCUUCACUGUCCUUGGCCUGGGAACUGUGAUGGGAAAAGUAACUUCGUUUUGCCUGUUUUGGGGAGGGGGCAGGGGGAACAGAAUGUGCUUCUCUGUUCAGAACAAAUGUUGUUAAUUCUGUUUACCUACAGCUAUUUUAAAUUCUUGAGGAAAAAAAAUGCUGAUUUCCAGCUGUAAAAAUAAUUGGAAGUGACUAUUCUCUGGAAUUUCUGGGGCUUAAGGAAUGAACUGUUUUUUGGAGAAGCUGUAAAAUAUCAAGGGUGUCAUGCAGUAAUGAUAAUAUCUUGUGCAUGUUCCUUUUUCUAAGAUGAUCUUUGCCAAAUGUUGGACCCACAAACUGUGGGCUUUGUUUGGGUCACUAAAUACUAUCACCUUUAUAGUAUUUUCAGUAAAGACCUCUAAGGGUGUCGUGAUCUGCAAGAAAAGUUGAUUGACAAUGACCCAAAAAGUCUGGGUAACAAAGUCAGGACUUAAGCAUGUGUGCUUUUAAAGAUUCUUUUGUAGAAAUUGCCAUCUGCUCUUUCUCAGCUUAUUUAGUUAGGUGGUUAUUUGACAAAUAGCUUCCAUUUUAGAAAUGGAGAAUUGGUCUAUAAUUGCACAAAUGGAUCAUAGGAGAUUGUUAUUUAAUUUAACAUUUAUUUCAAAUAUAAGUAGGGAUUUAGCAGAUGCCAUGUUUUCUUAGGUAAUGUGACUGUUCUAAAGAACUCAGCUAUAGUUCAUAUACUUCUGCAUUGACUUAGGUAUGAAAAGUUCCUGAAGAAAAGCUCAGAAAGGGUUUUGAGUCUUCCACAUUCAAGUUGAGCAUUCCAAUUUGGGGGUUUUUUUUUGUAAGUAUCACUGCAGAACAAAGCAAUUAUAGUUCUGCCCCAGCCUGAACACAUGACAGUAAGAGCUUGCAGUUUGUCUUGAAAACAAGCCAGUUAUUUUGGUUUGGAGAGGCCAAGGGACUUGUCACUACUGCAAUACUCACUGUCACAGGUGACAAUGAGUGUUAGUAGAGAUAGUUACUGUUUUGAGCUUGUGGCACCUUAUCUUAUUAAUUUAAGGAAGAACUUGGUGUUUAGGGCUAUCAAGCUUGUACCCUUUAUGAUAUCAGAUUCACACCCUCCCUCUUGGCUUUUUUCAAGGGAUUUGUUACAUUGAGCUCACUUGUUACAAAGUACACCCACUUGGUAAAGAGAUAAAACCUGAGCCUUUCUUGGUUUGUCCUGUCUCCUGAAAGUUCACUUGGAGAAAAACACUAUAAAAGCUGUGCAUCUUGGACAUGGUAUGGGGAAAAAAAUAUUCCUAGGAUUACUAACAGAGUAGAGUUGUGAGUUGGACUUAAGGUGAGCUUCUGUUUCUCCUUAAGUUACUGAUUAAUUGAUUUCAGUCCCUAAAAAUGUGAUUUGCAGGCACAUAAAGCUUCAAGAGCUAUUGAGUACCUUUAAUUGCUUUUUAGUUUUCACUUUUUCUCUUUUAUGAUGUUUGGAACCAUAAAAAAGCCUCUAAGUAUAUACUAUGAUUAAUUCUCUCUGUUAGAACAAUGGUUGGUAUGUUUUAGCAAAUUAUACAGUCUGUUUUCAAAAUGUUAAGUACCUUGGUGAAGGAAGAUUGGAAAUUUUAUUAUACCUGGUUUAGUUUCUUCUUUUACUUUUCCUUUUAACAAAAACAGUGAAAGGACUUGUAUUUGUUCUUGCCUCAAUGCUGGUUAAAAGAAACAUGUGAAUCUCAGAAUGUAUAAAUUCUCCCUAGAACAGAGAAUACAAAAGUUUGCACAGUAAUUAGAAACACUCCUUUUAGUGUGAAAUCUGCCUUCACUUAUAUGCAGCUGUUACAAAUAAAUGUUUUCCAAAGUCAGACUUCAACUAGAAUGUACCCUAAGACUUUCUGCACUAAGUUAUGUAUAAUGGAGGGAAAAUGUAGUUGGAGGACCUAGUUGUGUUAUGUGUAAUAAGAAAUGUGGAGCUUGAAUCCAAGCAAAAAAAAGUGUUGAUUCAAGAGUGAAAUGUGGUGCCAUUCUGAUGUAAGCUAUUCCAUCUUUUUAGUCGAAAUUACUUUACAAAAUCUCAAGUGUUUGGUUAACAUUUUGUUGUAUUAGCCUUAUGAAAUGUUUACUGUGUCCUGGAUAUCUUUGCCUUUAAAAACACAGGCAGGGAAAGGGAAUAAAAAAAACCCCAAUCCUACUUCUGCUUUGAGAACCUUGUUAUCCAAGCAGACUAGAAAACUGGAAUAUCAGCCAUGGAGAAGUUAUACAGAGGUUUGACUUCUCAUUUCUUCUAAUAAUCCCAUUCACUGUCUCAGUAAUUUGUCAGUUGUUUUGUCUCUGUCUUUACUUAGGCUUUCCUGCUCUUUAUUUUUUGUGGUUGGUUGGUUUGUUUGUUUGUUUAAAUGGCCUUGUUUUAAAGGAUUAUAUCCCACACUGGAUUUGUUUUGUGGGGAAGAAGAGAUUGUGCAUGGGUAAAAAUAAAUUUAUGCUACGAACUGAAUUCCCUUUCUCAGCUUUCAUACAGAUGCUUUGUACUGAUAAAAAACAUGUCUAACUGACAUGAGGAGACAGUACUAUUUUGUAAUAGUGUUGAAUUUUUUUUGCUCAUUGUAAUAACUUUGUCCUGUUGAAAGGGGAAAUUUAAAGGAAAAAACUCACAUGAUUUUUACCUUUCCAGGAAAUGCUAUUUCACAUGUGUUAUGAAGGACUUAUUUCAGUAGCUUCUCUUAUUAUUUUCUGAGAGUUUUAUUUCUUCUUGGAUACUGUUAAAAAACUUACCUUGUGUAGGGUAUACAACUUUGAGAAGAGAUAAGCUGCUAAGGUAAACGAUUUUGCCUAAAUACUUUCAUAGGCAUAGAAAUUGAUGUCUUUGCAGCAAAAUAGCUCUGGAUAAUUUUAUUUGUUUGAGUAGAAGCUUAAUAGUAAGGUCAGAAAAAGAUAGCAAAAUCGUCUUUAUAAAAGGUAAUUUUCUUGCUUCUCCAAGUUUGCUAAUUUUGAAGAGGUUUUAAACACUGCAAAGUAGCAUAACCUCUGUAACAGAUAUAAAAAGGCAUACUCUAAAAACAGCAAUGAAAAAAAAUUGGGAAUAAUCUGUGUCUGACUACUAGAUUCUUAAGAGUAUUUGAUUUUAAAAUUUCCUGAGCAGUAAAUUACAUGGUGUAACACAUGAUGCAUAGCUGAGUUUUAGUCUGUAUUACAAAGAUGUGGUGUUGUGUUGAACUCUGUUGGCCUACUGAAAUUGCUGGGACACUGUAAAGUGUUGGGUUUUUUUUAAUGUGAAAUUUAUCUGAGAUAUUUUGCUGCCUAAUAGUUUUUGUGAAGUGAUGUCAUUUGUUAAAUGCUGAAAUAGAAAAUACUUUCCAACCACUCUGCCUUCUGAACAAACAGAUUUUUGUAGGCAUUUUUACAAGCAUAGCAUCGUAUGGAGGAUAAGUGUUAACUUUGAAAUAUAUGGGGCUUAAUUUUCAAAACACAUGGACACAAAUACUGUUUAGUACUUUAAUUCUGUGGCACUAGGUAUAACACUUUUUAUAUACGUCAAAUUGAACUAUCUUUCAUUUAAAUGCUAAACUGGACUGUAGUUUGGCAAUUCAUCUUACCAUUCACCACUCAUGUAAUCCAAUCUGAUCAAUAAAGGUGCUUAUUGAUAA